AUGGAUUGUAAUAAAGAGCAGGCACUUAGAGUCAAAGAGAUCGCAGAGAAGAAGUUUACAGAGAGGGACAUUGCUGGGGCAAGAAGAUUUGCACUGAAGGCUCAAAAGUUGUAUCCUGCACUUGAUGGUCUUCCUCAACUUUUAGCAACUCUUGAUGUGCACCUGGCUGCUGAUAACAGAACAAAUGGAUUAGUAGACUGGUACAGAGUCCUUGAUGUUGAACCAUCAGCAGAUGAUGACACAAUCCGGAGACAUUUCAGGAAACUGGCUCUUAUUCUGCAUCCUGAUAAAAAUAAAGCAGUAGGUGCUGAUGGGGCAUUUAAGAUUAUAUCUGAAGCCUGGAAUCUGUUGUCUAAUAAAGACAGGAGAAUUGCCUAUGACCAGAAGCGUAAUGUAACAGAUAUGGAUCAAAACGUUCCAAAUUGGAAAUCAUCAGUGCAGACUGGUCAGAAUGGUUCCCAUGAUCUCUCCAACAAUAACAAUCCCAGUGCAUGGAACCAGAAGAGUGCUAUGCACCCAAUGCCUCCUCCCCCUCCCCUGUUUUCCAAACCCAAUACCUUUUGGACAGUCUGUACUGCAUGUAAAACACAAUUUGAGUACCUUAGGACUUACCUCAACCACAAUCUUCUUUGUCAGAACUGUCAUCGGCCAUUCAUCGGUGUUGAGACAUCUCCCCCAUCCAUAGAUGGAAAUGGCCCCGCCCCUAUGUGGGCUUCUUACAACCAAGGACAGAAUUCUACUCGGCAUACAAGGACUGAAAAUUCCACAAAUAUGGAACCUAAGUUUCAGUCAGUGGUAUUUUCUAAAAAUGGCAUUGUUGGAAGUGCACCAUCAACAUUAUCAGGUGCUAAAUCCAUGAAAUUGAAAAGAAAACAUGGAGAGGAAUCCCUUCGCCGGCAAACAAAAACAGUUGCUGGUGGAGCUUCUGGAUUCAGCAGUUCUGGUUCCGGUUCUGUACUGAAAGGAGACAGGCUGAAGAAGAGAAGGAGCAUUGAUGAGCAAAGGGAAAACAGUGAUGGAAGAGAGACAGCAAAACGGGUGGCUAACAGAAAUGGAGGGGUCGGUGAAUCUGGUUCUCAAAAGAGUAGUUUAGAAGCAGGAAGGAGGAACAUUUCUGGCAACCAUAAAGUUAACAGCACGAGAGAGGUGUUACAAGUAGAAAUUAGAAAGUUGUUGAUGGAGAAGGCAAAGAAGGACAUUUCCAAGAGGGUUAAGGAAUGGAGCAGUGUGCCUUCUGUACUAAAGACUUCAGAAAAGGAUAUCAAGAAGGAAAGAGAAAAGCAGAAGGCUACUAUGAAUGGUGCAAAAGCUGACGCAAAAGAAUGUCUAGAGUUUCUGGAUUCCAAGAGCAGAGCUCACACCACUGAGCCUUCACCAAUCCACGCUGAUGAUGAUCCAGAUACAAACAUCAGUGAUCAGCUAGCAAUGAGUGUUCCGGAUCCAGACUUUCAUGAUUUUGACAAGGAUCGCACGGAGAAAUCGUUUGGUGAUAACCAGAUUUGGGCUGCUUAUGAUAAUGAUGAUGGGAUGCCUCGGUAUUAUGCCAUGAUCCACAGUGUGAUAUCACGGAAGCCUUUCAAAAUGCGGAUUAGUUGGCUUAACACCAAAAGCAACCGUGAAUUGGGCCCAUUAAAUUGGAUUGGUUCUGGAUUUUACAAGACCAGUGGAGACUUCUGGAUAGGUAAGCAUGAAACCAAUGAUUCUCUUAAUUCCUUCUCUCACAAGGUGAAGUGGGUGAAAGGUGCAAGAGGGGCCAUUCAAAUAUAUCCCGGAAAGGGAGAUGUUUGGGCUCUUUAUAAAAACUGGUCCCCCAAUUGGAAUGAGCAUACGCCGGAUGAAGUCGUACACAAAUAUGACAUGGUUGAAGUUCUUGAGGACUACAAAGAGGACAAAGGGGUUACCGUUGCUCCUCUUGUUAAAGUUGCUGGUUUCAAGACAGUGUUUCGCCAGCAUCCUGACCCAAGCAAAACCAGGACAAUUCCAAGAGAGGAGAUGUUUAGGUUUUCUCACCAGGUACCUUCAGUUCUGCUCACAGGUCAAGAAGGUCAGAGUGCUCCUGAGGGUUGCUGGGAGCUUGAUCCUGCAUCUACUCCUUUGGAGCUACUUCAGGUAUUAACAAAAGUUCAGCUGGAUGCAAUGAUGGAGACUGCUGAAAAAGAUGAGGAAAAAUAUUCAUAUGGGGAUAUGAAAAAAUCCAAUGAAGAAGAUUUCAUUGAAAAUGUCAACAGAGUUGAGGAAAAAGGUGUGGGGGGAGAGGCUGCUAGGGAAGAUGUAGCUUAUGCUAGGAAGAAUAAGGGGAAGGAAACAAAUGAAAGCACAGUGAUGGUGUAUAAACGGAGGAGAUGA